UACGUAUCUUCGUUCGAGCAAGUGGGCCAACCGAGCCAACAAACUAAUUACCUCUUGCGGUUGAUUCAAUAGCUGAUGCGAUGUUUCCGCCAGUUUCGAGCUCUGUCGUACCUCCUAUAUAAUCACGCUGCGCUCAUUGCGUCUGCGCAAGCCUUUUAGACCAUCGACACGAAGCUUACCGAUCGUCUUCAUGCUCUCAAAUUAACCGGCGCAGAGUUUCGUGUGACCUCGUUCGCAUAUGGAUGACACUAUGGGAGCUCUUACGACUUUUCGCGACUGGUAUACAGACACUUAUGGCCACCUACACGGCCUACCGUUCGGGCUAUUCAUUUGCUUGAGUGCUGUGAUACUUUUUACUGUGGCUGCACUCCUCUACCUCCUACUUUUUAUCGUUGCCCCGAUCCCUCGAGGGCCGUACAGAAACGAGAAGACCUACCGCACAGUGCUACCAGAUGGCCGCACGAGCGAAGAAAAGCAAUUACCCUGUUGGCUAGAUACGUGGCGUGCGAGAAGAACAGAAGCGAGCCGGAAGGAUCUACCAGAUCUAGCUACAGAAGAUAUUGAGCCAGCAGAGGUCUUCGUAUCGGUGGUGGUACCGUCAUACAAUGAAGAAGAACGAUUAGGAGGAAUGCUGGAAGAGGCUGUGGACUACCUACAAAAGCAAUAUGGAGACGCGCACGGAACUUUUGCAGAGACUGCAAGUGUAGCAGGAAAGCCAUCAGGCAAUAAAAACAAGAAGACGGUGAACGGAUCGGCACAUACACUCACGAAUUCAACACCGAAGGGUUGGGAGAUUCUGGUAGUUUCGGAUGGGUCCAAGGAUAAGACUGAAGAGGUCGCGUUGGGCUUCGCAAAGAAACACCAACUCGCACAUCAUCCACAUAAGGUGAAAGGGCCAUGGAAAAAUACCGGUCACGAUACACGUAUACCUUAUGGCUCUAUACGCGUAAUCACCCUGGAAGAGAACAGAGGGAAAGGAGGUGCUGUGACCCAUGGCAUGAGACACGUCCGCGGCGCGUACGCCGUAUUUGCAGAUGCAGACGGCGCUUCCAAAUUUGAAGACCUGGGCCAUUUGAUCACAGGCUGUCAAGCAGUGCAAGACAAGCAAGCACGUGGAGUAGCCAUCGGGUCGAGAGCGCAUCUCGUUGGAAGCGACGCAGUCGUCAAGCAGCGCUCGAAACUACGGAACUUCCUCAUGCAUUCAUUCCACCUCUUCAUCCGACUGCUCACGACCCGGAAAACAUCCAAAAUCAAGGACACCCAAUGCGGCUUCAAGCUCUUCUCGCGCGCCUCCCUACCCUACAUCAUUCCGUACAUGCAUUCCGAAGGAUGGAUCUUCGACGUCGAAAUGCUCAUGCUGGCCGAGAGCGCAAACAUCCCCAUGAUCGAAGUCCCGAUUGGCUGGAAGGAGGUCGCGGGCUCGAAACUCAAUGUCGUCAAGGACUCUGUUGCUAUGGCUUGGGGCUUGGCUGUGCUCAGGGUGAGCUGGGUCUUGGGCGUGUAUAGCCGGUCGUGAGGGUGUGUGCAUGAAGAUAUGAAUGAUGUGUAUGUACUAUCAUACAUACAUAUAUAUAUGCCAAUACCGUAACAUAAAUGAUCUUCUCACCUUUCCUGAAUUGUGAAAAGAAAUGGUUAUCAUAGUGUUUAGGACAGGACCCGGCCCGCACGGGAGUGUGUGUGCUCCUGUGAACAUGAUAUAGUAGCACAGCACCUCGAAACACGCCAUAUCAUACAUAC